AUGUCUCGAUCUGGCUUGGCUGUCAAUGCACCUCGUGAUGCACCAAAAUUACUUUCAUUAUUGAAUUCAACACUUUCUUCAUCACACGAAUUAGUACGAUCACUAUCGAUUGUCUCACAACCUUCAACUUCCUUGCUUAAACCGAUCAAGAGAAAUUUAACAACAGUAGCAGCUGGAAUAUCGGCAUUACAAGAUGAACAGAUCAUAUUGGAACAAGAAGGUAAACGAUCAAAAGUAUCCCUAGAGGAAGUCAGAAGGAAAGAAGAUGAAUUGAUUGAGGUAAAAGGUGCUUGGGAUCGAUUAUGUGAAGUGUUGAAUAAACAUGAAACUACUGCCGAACUAUUAACAGAUGUGAAGGAAAACCAUCCAAACCUAUUUGAAGCAAUCCAGACAAAAGCUGCCACAAUUGAAACAAUAUCGCCAUACAGAGAUGAUCCAGCACACAAACAGUCCAAUCCAUACGCAAUAGAAGAAGAAGAGGAUGGAAGAAGCAAUGCAGAACUACUACAAUCACAACAGCAACAGAUGGCAAGUCAGGAUAAUCAACUCGAUCACUUAUCUGCUAGUAUCGGAAGACAACAUCACUUGAGCUUACAGAUGAACGAAGAGCUUGAGACACAUGCUACCCUGUUGGAUGAGAUGGACAGAGAUGUGGAAAAUACAGGUGCAAGACUGGGAAGGGCGUCCAGAAGGCUAGAUCAAUUCACAAACAGCCUAAAAGAGCAUGGUUCUACAUGGACAAUCUUUGUGCUAAUCAUCAUCCUUGUCAUGCUAAUAGCCAUUUUCAAGUAG